CACUUAAGUAGCUGCCGGCCAGUGCGAGGGAAGAAGGAGGGACGACGUCCCGCUGCUGCUGACCCAUUCUGACCCAGACCCGAACCCAGCCCAGUCAGCCCUAGACGGCGCCAUGCGGGACCCAAGCCCAGCUCUGUGGCUCUUUCUGACUCUGCGCACCGCACUCAGUGGGAUGGAGGUGCGGUGGUGUACCACCUCGGACCCCGAGCAGCAGAAAUGCAGCGACAUGAGCAAGGCCUUCCAGGAAGCAGGCAUCCAGCCCUCCCUCCUCUGCGUCCAGGGCGUCUCAGCUGACCACUGUGUCCAGCUCAUCACGGCCCAGGAGGCCGAUGCCAUCACUCUAGAUGGAGGAGCCGUUUAUGAGGCGGGGAAGGAGCACGGCCUGAAGCCAGUGGUGGGUGAAGUCUACGAUCAAGAGGUGGGCACCUCCUAUUAUGCCGUGGCUGUGGUCAAGAGAAGCUCCCACGUGACCAUCAAUACCCUGAAAGGCGUGAAGUCCUGCCACACGGGCAUCAACCGGACGGUGGGCUGGAAUGUGCCGGUGGGCUACCUGGUGGAGAGUGGCCGCCUCUCGGUGAUGGGCUGUGAUGUGCUCAAAGCGGUCAGUGACUAUUUUGGGGGCAGCUGCGUCCCUGGGGCAGGAGAGACCAGCUACUCCGAGUCCCUCUGCCGCCUGUGCCGGGGUGACGCCGCCGGGGAGGGCGUGUGUAGCAAGAGCCCCCUGGAGAGAUACUACGAUUACAGCGGGGCCUUCCGGUGCCUGGCCGAAGGGGCAGGGGACGUGGCCUUCGUGAAGCACAGCACAGUGCUGGAGAACACGGAUGGAAAAACCCUGCCCUCCUGGGGCCAGGAGCUGCUGUCACAGGACUUCGAGCUGCUGUGCCGGGACGGCAGCCGGGCCGAUGUCACUGAGUGGAGGUGGUGCCACCUGGCCCGAGUGCCUGCUCACGCCGUGGUGGUCCGGGCCGACAUGGAUGGAGGCCUCAUCUUCCGCCUACUCAAUGAAGGCCAGCGUCUGUUCAGCCAUGAGGGCAGCAGCUUCCAGAUGUUCAGCUCUGAGGCCUACGGCCAGAAGAACCUGCUGUUCAAAGACACCACCUCAGAGCUGGUGCCCAUCGCCAUGCAGACCUAUGAGGCAUGGCUGGGCCGCGAGUACCUGCACGCCAUGAAGGGUCUCCUCUGUGACCCCAACCGGCUGCCUCACUACCUGCGCUGGUGCGUGCUGUCCACUCCCGAGAUCCAGAAGUGUGGGGACAUGGCUGUGGCCUUCAGUCGGCAGAGGCUCAAGCCGGAGAUCCAGUGCGUGUCGGCCGACUCCCCCCAGCACUGCAUGGAGCGCAUCCAGGCUGGGCAAAUCGAUGCUGUGACCCUGAGGGGAGAAGACAUUUACACGGCAGGGAAGAUGUACGGCCUGGUUCCCGCCGCCGGGGAGCACUAUGCCCCGGAGGACAGGAGCAACUCGUACUUCGUUGUGGCCUUGGUGAAGCGGAACAGCUCCUACGCCUUCACCAUGGAUGAGCUGCGGGGCAAGCCCUCCUGCCACCCCGGCUUCGGCACCCCCGCGGGCUGGGACAUCCCCGUGGGCGCCCUGAUCCAGAGGGGCUUCAUUCGGCCAAAGGACUGCGACGUCCUCACAGCGGUAAGCGAGUUCUUCAGCGCCAGCUGCAUGCCGGUGAACAACCCCAAGAACUACCCGUCCUCACUGUGUGAGCUCUGUGUGGGGGACGAGCAGGGCCGCAACAAGUGUGUGGGCAACAGCCAGGAGCGGUACUACGGCUACAGCGGCGCCUUCAGGUGCCUCGUGGAGAAUGCUGGGGACGUCGCCUUCGUCAAGCACACAACCGUCUCUGACAACACAAAUGGCCACAAUCCCGAGCCCUGGGCUGCAGAGCUCAAGUCUGAGGACUAUGAGCUACUGUGCCCCAAUGGGGCUCGGGCUGAGGUGUCUCAGUUCGAGGCCUGCAACCUGGCACAGAUGCCAUCCCACGCUGUCAUGGUUCGGCCUGACACCAACAUCUUCACGGUGUAUGGACUGCUGGACAAGGCCCAGGCCCUGUUUGGGGAUGACCACAACGAGAAUGGUUUCAAGAUGUUCGACUCCUCUGACUAUCAUGGCCAAGACCUGCUUUUCAAGGAUGCCACCAUCCGAGCGGUGCCUGUUGGGGAGAAAAACACAUACGGAGACUGGCUGGGCCUCGACUAUGUCGCGUCCCUGGAAGGGAUGCUGUCUCAACAGUGCUCGCGAGCAGCGGUCACCGCCUCCAGGGUGCCCCCACUGCUGCUGCUGCCACUGUGCCUCGCUGCUGGCCUCCUUCGGCCCUUCCUCUGA